AUGACUGCGGAGGGCUUUGAUUUUCUGUUUACACGGUGGCCAGUGAUAAGUAAAUGGCAAGUCUUAUGGGCGUGCAUGGCGGGCUACACCUGGUAUUGUACGGCUCUUACUCAAGGGGGCUCUGUCAUUCUCCAACAAACUCCAAAACAUCGAUGCAAAACAGCACUUGACGAUACCAUCGAAGGGUUUUCCUUUGAAGACGGCCUUGAAUUUUCCCCUUCUUCUUGUGAAAAAUACCCCGAUUCCUGGACAGCUCAAUGCCUUCAUGGAGAAAAUCUAUCGGCAUGUUUCAAUCGACAAUCUGCGAACCUAACGACGGUUGAAUGUGACAGUGGGUUCAUUUAUGAUGACGAACUAUUUGAAUCAACAUUCGUAACGGAGUUCGACUUGGUUUGCGAAAGGUCUUAUGUCAACACUGUCUCAACAAGUAUAUUCAUGUCGGGACUGUUCGUCAGUGUGUCUAUUUUUGGUCCUAUUAUGGAUCGUUUUGGGCGACGGAAAGGCAUGCUUUUUGGUCUCAUAGGACUGAUGAUCGCGAAUGUUAUAAUUUCAAUCUCCAAUUCUGUGGCAAUGUUCACUCUUGGGCGAUUUCUAGCGGGUGCAUUCGCCAUGGGAGCCGCUACUUGCUGCUUUGUCUAUGCUGUCGAGCUUCCUGGCGCAAGAUGGAGGACAUGGUUCGGUCAAGCUGUGAAUAAUUGCUGUUCGCUUGGAUUUUUGACUCUUUCGUUCAUUGGGUACUUUUUCAAAGAUUGGCAAUCUCAGUCGCUAGCUAUAGCAGUUUUUCCGCUGCCUUUUGUGCUAUUUUUCUUCUGGGUUUUGCCUGUUUCAAGUCCGUGGCUUUUCUCAACCGGCAAUUAUGAGAAGGCAAGUGAGAAUAUACUUGAAAUCGGCGUAAAAUACUUUCCUGACAGGCAAAUCGAUUAUGAGUUCACUGAGAAACUCACUGCUCAAAUCAAAUUGAAACAAUCCGACGAAAAAAGCGCGCAAGUUCGAACUCAACUCGAUAUUUUACGUCCUCCAGGCAUGCGGAAAAUAACGAUGAUCGAGCUCUACCAGUGGUUUGCAACGACACUGGUAUUCUACGGCUUGGCGUUCGGCGCUGGAAAUCUUAGUGGAAGUUUGCUCCAAAAUAACGCGUACAAUGCACUGGUAGAAAUUCUUGCUCAGACCGUCACGCCUUUUUUGGUUGAUAGAAAGAUCAUCGGAAGACGCUAUGGAACUAUCAUAACUAUGUCUAUUGGCUUUUUGGCUUGCUUUGGAGCUGCGGCGUGCGAUGUUCUUGAAAUGGAAAACGCCAAGCGAGUUCUGGCAAUCAUCGGGAAAUUUGGAGUAACAGGCACAUUUGCCUGUAUUUAUAUCCACACCUCCGAGCUUUUCCCAACUGAGGUUCGAGGAAUCGGAGUAGGAUUUGCCUCAGCUGGCGGGAGAAUAGGUGGAAUCUUUGCACCUCUCGUUCUACAGUUCGGGAACAAACUUUCAUGGCUUCCUUUUUUCAUCUUUGGUUGCUUUGGUCUCGUGCAGGUCAUAACAUGCUUUCUACUUCCAGAAACUCUCGGCCAAGAAAUGCUCGGGUCAAUCGAAGAGGCAGAAGAAUUCUACAGAAAUCCGAAAAUGCAUGGAAAAAGAAACUACUCGCUAGCCAAGCUACAAGAUGAAUAA